GAGACCAUUAUCUUCUUCUUCUUCUUCUUCUUAUAGUUGGUUUCGGGCCUGAAAUACGCAGGUCCACACAGCCAAUUCGAUGAUUAUGUUGAGGAAAACAGACUAAAGAAUAGUAUAUAACAGAUAAGUCAGAUAUUUAGCUUGUUUUUCUCGAAAAAUAAGGUAAGACAUGAGAUGAUCCCAGAGAAUCUUGAUAAAAUUUUAAAAAUAUCAAGGGGAGGAGGCUUCCUUUUCCUGUUUAAGCAAUAGGGUCUAUGUUCUUGAUAUAAUGGACAGGUCCAGAGUAUGUGAUCAAUGUCUUGUGUUGGGUAUCCACGCAUGCAGACGAAGAUGUGAUAUUGCAACGAAACAGAUUGGCUGGCAGAUUAUAGAGCAAAACAUCCAUAUGAUGUAAACAUGCAGAAAAUUUUCUCAGAAUGUCUUCGGAUGUCUCUGGAUGUCUUUAAGAAAAAAUUAGACGAGCAAUAGGGGAUAUAAACAUCCAUAAGAGGUUCUCUGAAUAUUAUCUGGAUGUCUUCUGGGUGUCCUUUGGAGAUCCUUUGGAGAACUUUUGGACAUAUUACAUAUUAGUUUUGUUAGAAUAUCGAUUUAUAUGUACUUUUAUAAUAUACAUAUAAUAACGAACAAAAUGCGUUAGCGAUUAACCUUGAAUCUAAAUAUAAUUGCGAAUGCAUUGCAAGAUAAAUGAACAAACAAAAAUAUCAUAAUUCAAAAAAGCGAUAUCUCAGAUCGCACGAUAUGCGCGAUAUCGAACGCUGUUGAACACAGUGCUAUCAGUGUACUGUGCAUACACAUCACACUUUUUCUUUUUGUAUCGGCCAUGCCGCUGUCAAUGUGGGGGCUUCCUUAUAAAUCUAUAUAAAUUUUUGAUCGCCGAUCGAAUUAUUCCACUCGACAAUGAGAUCAAGUCUCGCUCUUAGUGAAGUUUUCUGAAGAUAUUUUUCCAAUUAAUUCAUCAUCAGGCCAUGACUUCAAAAGCAGAAGGUUUUUCCACCAAAGCUAUUCAUGCAGGACAGAGUCCAUUGCAAUGGAGCCAUCGUGCAGUUGUACCACCUUUGGUAAUGUCCACAACAUUUCAGCAGGAUGGUCCAGCUGAGUUUAAGGACUUUGAUUAUGGUAGAAGUGGCAAUCCAAUGCGCAAAGUGCUGGAGACAUGUCUAGCUGCUCUAGAAGAUGGCGAACAUUGUAUUACCUUUUCAUCCGGUUUAGGUGCAACAACUGCAAUUACUUCUUUGUUGGAAACAGGAGAUCAUCUUCUUGCUGGAGAUGAUCUUUAUGGUGGAACCAACCGGUUCAUCCAAAAUUGUUUAAAAAAGCAGGGCAUCACAUAUUCCUUAGUAGAUGUAACAAAAGUAGAAAAUGUUAUAAAUGCCGUACAACCAAAUACAAAGAUGGUAUGGCUAGAGACACCAACAAAUCCUUUAUUGAAACUUGUAGAUAUUAAAGGCGUCGCUGAUAGCUUAAAGUCUCAUCGUCAAGACAUUAUUCUAGUCGUCGAUAAUACAUUCUUGACAUGUUAUUUUCAGAAGCCACUUGAACUCGGUGCCGAUAUAAUCAUGUAUUCGCUGUCAAAAUAUAUGAACGGUCAUUCGGACAUCAUUAUGGGAGCUGCGAUCACGAGCAAAUAUGAUCUCGCGAAAAGAUUGCGAUUCUUACAAAAGGCUAUGGGUAUCGUGUCAUCGCCCUUUGACUGCUUUAUGGUAAACCGAGGCUUGAAGACGCUCGAACUCAGGAUGCAACAGCACAUGAAAAACUCCCUGGCUGUAGCCAAGUUUCUAGAGUCUCAUCCUUGUGUUGAACGAGUAUUUCAUCCAUACCUCCCGUCGCAUCCGCAACAUGAAUUGGCUCUUAAGCAAACAACUGGUCACAGCGGUAUGAUUUCCUUUUAUCUGAAAGGUGAUGAGCGCAAGUUCCUAAAAAAAUUAAAGGUCUUUACUUUAGCCGAAUCUUUGGGAGGUUGCGAGUCACUAGCCGAAUUACCAGCCGUUAUGACGCAUGCAUCUGUAUCCGAAGAUGUGCGACUGGCAUUGGGUAUAACAGAUAAAUUGAUUCGGUUAUCUGUCGGUAUCGAGACGGAAAAGGAUCUCAUAGCCGAUAUCAAACAAGCAUUAGAUGCUUGUCAAUGAACUAAACGUAGUUAGAUAGUCAUAAAAAUAAUAAUAUAUAUUCUAAUUUGUAUAUUAACUCUGUUAAUGCAUAGCUGAUCAUAAACCCUUUACACAUUUCUACACAAAGAUUUUUAUAGAUGCAAAUAUUUUUUAUCAAUAUCAAUAGGUAUAUAAAGAGAUUUUAUUUUUAUCAAACAUUUUUACAUUCCGCUAAUCUCCCAGAUUUACAUUAGGAACAUUAUAUAGUACAGCAUAAUAAUCAAAUAUUUUUUGACACAUGUACAUCACACGGAUGGAUCAUUCGGAUUUCCUUUGGUUACCUGUGUACUUGUAUCAGGCAUGCGUAUGAAUAUGUGGAAUUAUCUUCUGAAGUUCAGAGACAAUAAUUGUAUUUUAGAAUGACAUUUUUAGUAGAUCACAGAAAUUACAAUACAACUGGCAAAAAAUUGUUA